AUGCAGUUUACCGUUGAGCAGAUUCGCAGUGUGCGAAACAACUACCUUGAGCCACCGUACCCGGGCUUCUCUCUGGAUGAAGUGAUACGACGCCGUCGCUUGACGCAGACGAAGUUGGUGCGCGGUGAGAAUGCCUGGGUUGCGAAGGGCACCGCUCAGACGACGGAGGAGUGGGUGCAGCGGCUGCUGCACGGCACACUGAACAAGUUGACAGAGGAGAACAAGGACAUCAUGAUUGACAAGCUGCUCACCAAGGAGCUCUUUGCCACGGAGGAUAUUAUGAACAUGGUUGUCAACAUCAUCUUCAAGAAGGCGCUAGACGAGCCAGAGAACAGCAAGCUGUACGCCGGCGUGUGCCACAGCCUUGCCUUGUAUGAAGCGAACGUUUUGCGCGAUGGACACAAGGGCGAGCGACCCCAGUCGCAGCUGCGCGACGCCAUCAUCAGCACUGUGCAGCACGAGUUCCGAACGCUCUCCAAGGAGCUGUCGAAGAUGGAAGACAAGUCAGAGGAGGAGCUCGAGUACGAGCGCUCCAACGUGAUGCGGCGCAAACGGUCGAACAUGCGCUUUAUCGGUGAGCUGUACCUUUGCACGGCCCUGACGCACUCGACCAUGUUCACCGUCAUGGAUCUGACGAUGCGCUGCAGCGACAAGACGGGCUUUCCCAGCAGCGAGAACAUCGAACUGCUCGCUGCACUCCUCGACACAAUUGGCGAUCGCCUAGAUAAGAGCCACAAGAAGACGCUGGACCGCUAUUUCACCUCCCUCGAGAACUUCAAUAAGAAGUCCGACUGCCCGUACCCGCCGCGCAUUCGCUUCAAGAUUAUGGACCUGCUGGACCUGCGCAAGCGCGGCUGGGGCUCGAAGCCGAAGCCUGUCAAGACCGCGCUGCCGCCAAGCCACAGCAAGGAUAAAAAGUACGCCACUGCCCCGCCUCCGAAGAAAGGCGGCCGUGACCAGGGCAGCCCCGCCGCUGCCUCGAAGAGCUGGCGCGACGCCACCACGACGAAGACAGGUACUGCAGCAUCACCGGCGCCUUCGGUUGAUAAGGGGCUGAACGGGCGCGGCACGUCGAGUGCCGCGCCGGCAGCCAAAACAGCAGCCUUGUCCUCCUCCGCGGCGGCCACGGCCGCUGCCACUGCACCUGUCGGUGCCUCGUUCCGUGACGAGGCGUCGCCGCAGGCGCCACUCGUGAAGUUCGAGCUGCGUGUGGCGUCGAUGUUCCAGGAGUGGGUGGCGGACCGCACGAACGACGUCAUCCUCCACUGGGUAGACCAGUUCAACACAUGCGAUCGCUUCUUUGAGUCGGAGAGCGAGCUUUGUGUGGUGGUGGCGCAGGAGGUGAUCCACUCGGCUUGCACGACCACCCGCAAGGACGCCCAGCGCGAGGCUUUCAGCUUCCUCGUCGUCGGGCUGUACAUGAUCGACACGGAGGUGUUCGACGGCUUUGCCAGCGCUCUUGCCUCUGCCAUCGAGGACGGCCUUUUGGAAGAUGUCCCAAAGUUUGGAGAGCGCUUCAUGAGUAUGCUGCGCCUCACCUCCACUGAGCAGGAGACGCGCGCCGAUGUGUACUUCGAUGCGGCGAACGUGCUGCGACUGACAUACAAUCGGCUGGAGAGCCCCGACGACUCCGCCGUGGACACGCUGAUGUCCUUCUGGGAUCGCGUGCCGUUGCCGUCCACCGACGAGGAGAACAUGAUUCGCAUGGACCUCGAUGUUGUGUACAGCCUCUGCAACCCCGAGGGUGCGCAGGACGGGCUGGAGAAGCUGCUCAGUCGCAUCAUCCACUCGAUGCUGCAGAUGCAGCUGAUGGACGAGGAGGUGCUGGACGAAUUCCUCUGCCUGGAUGUGGAGGGGGGGCUUUGUGCCAAGGUCAUUGCCGACUACAAGGAGCGCUUCCCCAAGUAA